UGUCGAGUUAUUUUUCAAGUUGUAAAAUUUUUCAAGUUCAUGAGUUUAUAAAUUAUUAUUCCAUAAUUUUCACUUACAUUACAGCAUAAGCGCAUUACAAGAAUAAUUAAACUACUAGACUUUAAAAUAUUCAUAAUGGCAACAAACUCGUGUCUUUUAAUUUUAAUACUAGAAUUGGUUUUUUAUUUAACGACUGUGGCAUCAUCUCCAUUAAUUGAUAUACUUGUAUUUAGACCUAUUGCCGACGAGGUUAGAAAUGAAGUCGGUAAGUUGGAUUUUCCAAAUGAUACAAAGGUUGCGUUUUGGAAACAAUACAUCAAUGUCGGGAAUUAUUCAAACGAUUUCAUUGAACUUCUUAACACUUACAAAACGUUCAAGGACCUUCCUAUCGGCUUUAAUGAUGACGAAAUACGAUUAUUGACUACCAGCAACACAGAAGAUUCACUAAAUGAUAAAGUACUCGCUCAACUGAAAUACUAUCGCAAGUCACAAGAAAUUCAAUGUGCACAAUAUAUGAUAUUGCAGUACAAGUUGUAUUAUGACCGAAAACGGAACACUAAAGAAAUUGCUGAGCAUGUAUACAUUAUGAUAGCGAUGGCAUACAAAGGGAAUUUCAUAGUAUUCAAAUGGCUUUGGGAACUACAUAUCGCCCUGUGGUCACCGGCUAAGGGUGACCAAGUACAACAAUUACAUAUGAGAGGGCAAAAUCUAGAAAAAUUUCGAAAACCUUUAGCCGAUUUAAUAGAAAUGUGUAUGGGACAUAAAUAUUUAACAGUCAUAGAUAAUGGACAACAAAUCCCUGGUCGUACAGUAAGUAGGCCAAGUCUGUUAAAUAAAUUUGAGGGAUGUUUUAUUUUCAAAGUUAAGAAACAUACAAAUUUUAAACACAAAAAACCUGUGUCGAAGGAAUUAAUUAAACCACCAUAUUGGUUCAAUAAAAUUGAGGAAUCUUAUAAACUGAAUCACGAAAAACAUGAACUAUAUAAAAAUAUACCUGCAUUGCCUCUUGACUUCAAUUAUUUAACCUUAAGAUGUGUAUGGCAUGAAACAUCGUUUGUGAUUAAACCAAUAUGGAACGUUACUAUUGACUGGAAUGCAAUAGAGCGUGUGUACACAGCUUGUCGUCAAAAGGUCUAUGAUCAGGUGUCCUAA